AUGUUGAAUAGAUACAUUCUAACUUUACUCAUUGUAUGCUCAUUACGUCAUGCUAAACCUCUAUCGGGAAUUCAACAGUUUGAUCCAGAUUGUGACUACAAUAUAACUCAAAUGAUUCAAAGUAAAGGCUAUCCAUGCGAAGAACAUAAAGUGAUCACAAAGGAUGGUUACAUUCUGGGUGUUUUUCGCAUUCCACAUGGUAGAAAGUCGACAACGUCUGGUCGGCCAGUUCUUUUACAGCACGGUCUUCUUGAUUCAGCAACAACAUGGGUGAUGAACUUUCCUGAUCAAAGUCUUGGCUAUAUUCUUGCCGAUGCUGGCUACGAUGUUUGGCUUGGCAACAUGCGUGGCAAUUACUAUUCUCGGGCUCAUACGAAAUACAAUCCUGAUCACGACGAAGAAUUCUGGGAUUUUAGUUGGGAUGAGAUGGCAGGAAUUGACCUUCCGUCCAUGAUCUAUUACAUUCUCAAUGUCACUAAACACACGCAAAUCGGUUAUGUUGGCCAUUCGCAAGGAACAAUGAUUGCUUUUGCUGAAUUCGGCAAUCCAAAUAGUGUUGUACAGAAUAACGUCAGUUUCUGGGGAGCAUUGGCUCCUGUCGCACACGUUGGUCAUAUUGAAUCGCCGAUUCGAUAUUUAUCAUCAGCAACGAUAAUGAAAGAUGUUGAACUUUAUUGGCAUUUAUUAUUUGGUCGAAAUGAAUUUCUUCCAUCGAGUUAUAUAAUAAAAUGGCUCGGAAAAUUUGCCUGCGACAAAUUUAUCAUCGAUCGCGUGGUAUGUGACAAUAUUUUUUUUGUUCUCUUUGGACCCGAAAAGAAAAAUUUGAAUGAAACACGUAUGCCUGUUUAUGUAUCACAUGUGCCUGAUGGUACAUCUGUGAAAAACAUGAUUCACUUUGCACAGGGUGUACAAAGUAAUACAUUUCAAGCAUACGAUUAUGGCUCUCCUGAUAAAAAUCGACAACACUAUAAUCAAACUAUACCACCAGCAUAUUCGAUUCGUUCAAUGAAAGUUCCAACAGCUAUAUUUUCCGGUGGCGAAGAUUGGUUGGCUGAUCCAACCGAUGUCAAUUAUAUUCUUGACAAUGUUCAAAACAUCGUCUAUAAAAAGUACAUUGCAAAUUACAAUCACAUCGAUUUUGUAUGGGCUCUGACAGCAAACAAACUUGUCUAUGCUGAUUUACUUAGCGCCAUGCAAAAAUAUCAUCCACCCAAUUAA